AUGUGGAAAACAUUAGCUUCCUACAUAAGAUCAAGAAGACAAAUAUGCUUGACAGUUGCCUCUUCAGGUAUUGCAUCCCUUUUGCUCCCCGGUGGUCGAACGACACAUUCUAAAUUUAAAAUUCCGAUUCCCACACUUGAAUCUUCGACAUGCGACAUUAACAAGGGUAGUGACAGGGGUGACAUGCUAAAACUAUCAAAAUUGAUUAUUUGGGAUGAAGCUCCCAUGUGUCACAAAUUUUGUUUUGAAGCUUUGGAUAAAACACUCAGAGAUAUCAUGGGUGGAACCAGGUCAUCUGAUAAAAUAUUUGGUGGGAAGGUAAUUGUGUUUGGUGGGGAUUUCAGACAGAUUCUACCGGUUAUUCCAAGAGGCAGCCGUUCAGAUAUAAUUCAUGCAACUAUCAAUUCAUCAUACAUUUGGGAUCAUUGUAAGGUUUUGAAACUUACAAAAAACAUGAGGCUUCAGCAAUCUGGGACGACCACAUCAGCAUCCGAGUUAGAACGGUUUUCAAAUUGGAUAUUAAAAGUUGGAGAUGGAAAACUAGCAGAACCUAACGAUGGCUAUGCUGAUAUUGAUAUCCCAGCAGAUAUUUUGAUAUCUAAUUUUGAUGAUCCCCUUCGAGCCAUAUUCGAAAACACUUAUCCAAAUUUUGAAGCUAAAUUCAAUAAUGUAGCUUUUCUGCAGUCAAGGGCAAUAUUGGAUGGAACAAUUGAGACAGUAGAUGAAAUAAAUCACUAUGUAUUAGACAAUCUUCCAGGGGAUGAAAAGGAAUACCUAAGCUCUGAUUCAGUCGACACGCAUGAUGGUGAUGGCAAUGAAUGUUUUGAUGUUUUAACUCCUGAGUUUCUGAAUGGAUUGAGAACGUCGGGACUUCCUAAUCAUAGGAUCAGAUUGAAAGUAAAUACUCCAAUCAUGCUGCUCAGGAAUAUUGAUCAAGCAGAAGGCUUAUGCAAUGGAACACGUCUAAUCGUUACAAGAUUGGCUGAUCAUGUUAUCGAAGCUAAAAUCAUUUCAGGCAAGAACAUCGGCGGUAUCAUUUAUAUUGCACGAAUGGACAUUACUCCAACGCAGACGCCAUGGCCAUUCAGGAUGACACGAAGACAGUUUCCUAUAACGGUCUGUUAUGCUAUGACUAUUAAUAAAUCUCAAGGUCAGUCUUUGGAUCAUGUUGGCAUAUAUUUGCCGAGGAGCGUAUUCAGCCAUGGCCAGUUAUAUGUUGCAGUUUCAAGAGUAAAGAGCAGAAAAGGCCUUAAAAUCUUGAUCCAUGAUAAGGAGAAACUUCCAUUGACCACCACAACAAAUGUUGUCUUCAAAGAAGUGUUUGAAAAUGUGUAG